AUGGCAGGUAUUAAGAGGGUCAAGGCGACGUGGAGUGACGAUCUGAGUCACAAUUCUGAGGAGGAAAGAGAAAGGGAGCGACUAGCUCAAUUAGAAAAGGAGUUGGCUGAGCAGCCGGUUAAACCAGUGUACGACCCCAAAGAGCUACAUCUGCUGAUCUCUUACAUUAAGAAAAUUACUACCCUCUACGACCUUAGAGAUGAAGACUGGAAUCAGGCGGCUGUACAAGGAAUAGAAAACUGGAUAACAGAACCAAAAGACCUGAUUCUGUGUAUAUAUUUCGAAGGGGAUAAGCUAAGAGCGGCAUCAGACAUACCUCUGUCCCCAGUGUAUGAUCUCACUUACUUUUUGAGACAACCGGAUUUCGUUUUCAAGGCGGAGACGUUCCACGAUGACAUUGUGUUCGGGACUUUCGUAGAUUCUGUCGAAUCCAACAUGAUACAGGUUCUGGAGUUGAUGUAUGCUCCUUACUUCUUUGCUAUCAACACUUGGCCAGACAGCGUAAAAAGCGAAUUUUGCUCUCAGUUGCACACGUUUCUGGCGAAGUUAACGGAUAUGUACUAUAAAAUGCUUGGACUGACAGUGCUAUAUAUACCACGAGAAGGCCAGCAUCUGUCCUUUGAGAAGGCUUCUUCAGAUCGGGAGCUGGUGAAGAGAUUGGAAGGGGUGGUGGUGUAUUGGACCCAUCAGAUCAAGUCCUGUAUAGAGGACCAAGCCUCGGUAGCUUCGCAGAAGGAACUUUUGUGCCCCAGUGAUGAAUAUGACUUUUGGGUUUACAGACAUGAAAAUUUAAACGCACUUGUGUAUCAACUGAAGAAUCCAGCGGUAAAGCACAUAACUAAGAUACUGGUCACAACUCACUCCACAUUCAUUCACCAGUUCCAAUCACUGUGCGACGAGAUACUGUUCAAGAUUGAGGAAGCCACAUCUAACAUAGAAUAUCUCCAAAUCAUCAAGCAACCUUGCGCAGUUUUGGAAUGCGUAGUCGAUCCAGAUGAAAUAUGCAAACAUGUUCCGAACAUUAUAAAUCUCUUUAGAUUUAUCUGGAUGGAAUCACCACACUACAAUUCGGAAACGCGGAUAACGAAUCUCUUCAAAGACUUGAGCAAUCAAAUAAUUAUUUUAUGCAUGAAUUUUAUAAAGCUUGACGAUCUAUUCAACGGUCAAACUAAAAAAGCUAUGGGGGAGUUCUCCAAAUGCAUCGACUGUUGUAAGCAGUAUCGAGAGAUUUAUGAUUUAAUGUUGGAAGCGCAUACUGACAGAAAUCCUGGCACAUGGAAUUUGGACACGGGCUCGAUAUUCAAUUACAUUGACUCCUUCGUUCAGAGGUGUUUUGAUAUGCUAGACGUUUGCAACUGCAUGAUUAUAUUUGGAAGAAUCGAUGAAUUAGAGGUAAUAAGCAAACCAAUGUUUGGUGGAGCACGCGGUGACGAAUUCGAAGCUAAGUGUGACCAAAUCGAGCACAUGUUCCACGACGCUUUGGAUAAUGUCAAAGCUGUCACUUCCAGUAUACUUGAUGUUCAAGCACCAUCAUGGUACGAUGAUAUACUGCAGUUUAGGACAGUCAUCAAAGACAUUGAGAUUAUAAUAGAAAACUUGGUGGAAACCGUGUUUGAAGGAGUCAACCACGUAGAGGAAGCCGUCGUUGCGCUGUUUUCCUUGCACAACUACUCCAAACGGAAAAAUCUUAGACGUAUCUUUAAAAGGAAAACUGCUGAAGUAUGGGCUAUGUUCAGCGAAGAAGUGCAAGAAGCUAAGAAGGAAACUGUCGCAUCCCGAGGAGAAUAUCCAGCCGAUUUGCCCUCGUACGCCGGCAGGGCUGUUCUCUUACGGUUGCGAAGAAAUCGGCUAGCGUAUCUUAAAAAGGUUAUGACUGAUGCUUGUGUCUGGCUGAUGCCGUGCAGUAAUUCCGAGGACGUCAUCAUGCACGUGAACAGGCUGAUGGGUGCUAUCGACGUGGCCAUUAGGGAACUGUGGAUCUCCUGGACACAUAACAUUGACGAAAAGUGCUCUGCUGGUCUGAACAAAACCCUGAUGAGAAAGAGCGCGGAGAAUCCUGGACUGAUGGAAUGUAAUAUUGACGUAAAUAUCUUAGAACUAUGUAAAGAAGCCAGCAAUUGGGAAAACUUGCGCCUGGAUAUACCAUUGCAUGCUUUCCAGGUCUACAUGAAAAGCAAGACAAUAUUUUACGUUUACGAGAGCGUACUGGCAGUAGUAAAGGGAUACAAUAAAAUACUGGAUUCACUAUCAGAGCAGGAAAGGCUUUUAUUUAAGCCUCUUAUUACGGCAUGUGAAAAGAAAGUUCAACCAGGAAUCACAAAACUGACAUGGACAUCUACUAUGUCCGACGCAUAUAUUGCAGAUUGCGUUGUACAAAUUAGUGAAUUGCAAGAUUUCGUUACAACUUAUAAGAAUUGUAAUUUAAACUUGGUAAAAAUAAUGGAAAAAGUUUGUGAUACUCCACUUAUUGAAUUUGAUAUUUACAACGUUUUUCAUAUAAAAGAACUGAGACAUAAAAUAAGAAUAAUGGAAGAAGAAGCAGCUCAAAAAAUACUAGAUAUGUAUAAAGAAGUUAUAACAUACAUUGUUAUCGUAUAUGAAGGAUUCGAAGCCUAUAUCACACAGAUGGCAGAAUACUGGAUCAAAUAUGUGAAAAGAUUUGACCAACUACUAGAAGAUGCAUUACGAUUGGCAAUUAAAGCUACCAUGCAAAACAUGUACAAAGCUGUACAUGGCGACGGUACCAUGGCACCUUCACCACUUAUUACAAUGAAUCUUUAUUUAUCCAAUGAAAAUCGCAUAAUUUAUGAUCCUACACGUAAUGAAUUGGAAGAUACAUUUACAACAGUUUUAGAGGAGAUUAUCCACCUCGUUAGUACUAUUCCGCGAUUGUAUGAAAAAUUCGGUUUGCCCGCUGGUGGUCUCAAAAAGUUCAAAGAUGUAAUAACAAGCGAUACGGACAGCAACAAACUACAAUCUUUAAUUGAUACAGAAAUUCAUUACAAUAUUACUCUAGUAAAUGAACACAUACGUAUGUGGGAUCCCUAUUCUCAUAUCUGGAAAGUUAAUAAAGACGAUUUUAUGGUAAAUUAUCGAGAUCAAGGCCAUACAGCAGCAGACUUUGAUGCACUAAUUAUAAACUAUAGUGACCUUGCUAAUGCUGUGCAAAUACAAGAAACUAUCAAUCAGAUCCAUUUUAUAACGCUUAAUUCAUGUGAAUUGAAAAAAUCAAUUAUAUCCCAUUGUUUAGUGUGGCAAACAAAGUUAGGUGAAUUGUUAAAAAGAAUAACAGAAGACGAUAUUGAUACAGUUUAUAACUACAUAGAAAAAAGUAGCACAGAAGCAAUGACUAUGCCCUCCACUUUGAAAGAAUUAGCUACAUCAAUAGCAACUUAUGAACGUUUAAUUUCAGAAAUACCUACGAUAGAAAAAACGUUUCCUCCUAUCACAGAUAAAAUGACAACUCUUGCCAAGUUUGAAGUGGAACUUAGUUCGGAUAUGCUGGCACAACAUGAAAAUAUUCCUGCAAAGUGGGCAGAGUAUUUAGUUCUACUUGAAGAAGCAAAAAAAUUGUUGGAGUCAAAUAAAGACAAAUUUAAAGCUGAACUUUUAGAACAGGCUGAGGUGUUUAAAGAACAAGCUAAAGAGUUUUGUGAAGAAUUCUAUAAUACCGCCCCAACUAGCUCUGAUAUUAGCGGAAAAGAUGCACUAUCUCAAUUGAAAGCUUUUAGGGAUCAACUUAAUGCACUUCGCGCCCAAGAACAACAAAUAAGAGAUGGCUUAGCCGUUUUUAACUUAACGACACCAGUCAAUCUUGACCUUCAGAAAAUGGAGAAAGAGCUGGAGAAACUCGAAGAAGUUUGGGGAUUAGUAUUUCAAUGGGAAGAUUCUUGGGAGAAAUAUAAAACACAAAUAUUUUGGGAGAUGGAAACAGAUGAAAUGGAAGACAAUGUCAUGUUUCUAUUCAGAAAUUUCAACCGUCUUUCACGUCAACUCAAAGACAAAGGUUGGGAUAUUAUUGAUACAACUCGCGUUAAAGUGGAUGCAUUUCGCCGAACACUACCUUUGAUAGGAGAUUUAAAAAAUCCUUGUAUGAGAGAACGUCAUUGGGAUAGAAUAAAAGCACUAAUGGGAGUUGAUUUUGACCAAAAUUCUGAAGAUUUCAAGCUUGAAUUGAUUAUGCGUCUUAAUUUCCAAGCGUAUGCUGAAGAUAUUGCAGAGAUAUCAAAUGCAGCAACUAUGGAACUUAAUAUAGAAAAUGGCCUAAAAGCUAUUAGAGAAGUGUGGAAAAGCACCACAUAUGAGAUGCAGCAUCACAGAGGAGAUAUGUAUAGGAUAAAAAACGUUGAAGAAGUAAUGCAGUUCUUGGAGGACCACCAAGUACAACUAUCUUCCAUGAAGUCGACGAAAUACGUUGAACCUUUCAUAAAGGAGGUAGAUUAUUGGGAAAAAUCUUUGGGUUACGUAGCCGAGUGUAUUGAGAUUUCUUUGCAAGUUCAAAGGCGUUAUCUUUAUCUCGAAAGUAUAUUUAGUGGAGAAGAUAUUAGAAAACAGUUACCAGAGGAAGUAAAAGUGUUUGAUGUGCUAACCGCUGAUUGGACAGAAAUUACCAGCAGCAUGUUCGCUGGUUCUAAUGCUGUUGAAGCAUGCUUAUAUAAACCAUCUCCGUAUCUUUUUAAUAAGCUUAAUAAGAUGGUAGAAAAUUUAGAUGGAAUAUUGCGAGCCUUAGAAAAGUACCUUGAAACGAAGCGACAACUGUUUCCUAGAUUUUAUUUUAUAUCAAAUGACGAUAUGCUUGAAAUUCUUGGAAACUCAAAAAAACCACAACUGAUACAAGUUCAUUUGAAAAAAUUAUUUGAUAACGUUAAUAAAAUAAGAAUUGAUAAGAAUGCACUAGGUCUGCCGGUAGCCAAAGCGAUGAUGUCAGAAGAUGGCGAGUGUAUUGAGUGGAAGUACAACUUGGUGUUGGAUGGACCGGCCGAGAUGUGGCUGCUUGGCUUGGAACACACCAUGAGGGUCGUUUUGAGAGAUCAACUAAUAAUCACAAAAGCAGCGCUCAGAAAGUGUCGAUAUCAGAGGGAACAGUGGAUUAACGACUAUCCCGGUCAGCUGGGCAUUACUUGCAGCAAGAUACAAUGGACUUCCGACUGCACUCGAACGUUGUGCCGCUGCGAAAUCAUGAAAGAGAAGAAACCGCUGAAGAAACUGCGCAAGAAACAGAACCAGAUCCUGGCAACACUACAGAACAUGUCCAGGAAGGAGAUCACGAAGAUCCUGCGUUGCAAAGUGAACGCGCUGUGCGUCAUAGAGAUACACUCGCGGGACACUGUGGACAGGAUGUAUAAGUUGGGAUGCAUGUCGGUGACGGCGUUCGAGUGGUUCUCCCAGCUCAAGUUCUACUGGGACCGCGAGCGCGAGGACUGCUACAUACGGCAGACCAACACCAACUCCAUCUACACGUAUGAGUACAUCGGCAACUCGGGCCGCCUCGUCAUCACGCCGCUCACUGACAGGUGCUAUAUAACCCUGACUACGGCCCUGCAUCUGUUCCGCGGCGGCAGUCCCCAAGGGCCCGCCGGCACGGGCAAGACGGAGACGACGAAGGACCUCGGCAGGGCGCUGGCCAGAUGGGUCGUUGUGACCAAUUGCUCCGACGGGCUCGACUACAAGUCUAUGGCCAAAUGUUUUGCAGGGAUAGCUCAAAGCGGCUGCUGGGGCUGCUUCGACGAGUUCAACCGCAUCAACAUCGAGGUGCUGUCGGUGGUGGCGCAGCAGAUCCUCGCGGUGCUGCUGGCGCUGUCGCUGAACCAGAAGCGGUUCAUGUUCGAGGGCGCUGACAUCAAGUUAGACGGCAACUGCGGCAUAUUCAUCACCAUGAACCCUGGGUACGCGGGCAGGACAGAACUGCCUGAUAACUUGAAGUCGAUGUUUCGUCCUAUAGCAAUGUGCGUUCCUGAUUCUCUGAUAAUCGCCGAGAAUACUCUGUUCUCUGAUGGUUUUACUGCUUACAAGAUUAAUGCGAAAAAGGUGUUCACGCUGUACCAGCUGGCUAUGCAGCAGUUGUCCAAGCAGGACCACUACGACUUCGGCUUGCGCUCUAUGGUGGCGCUGCUGCGGUACGCGGGCGUCAAGCGACGGGCCUACCCGCACCUACCGGAACAAGAGAUGGUGAUCCUUGCCAUGCGUGACAUGAACGUAGCGCGCCUGACCGCCAAAGACGUGCCUCUGUUUGAUGGCAUCAUGAGGGACAUAUUCCCCGACGUAGACAUCCCCACGCUGGACUAUGAGAUGCUGGAGACAGCUAUCACUGCGGAGAUGAGGAUUUUGACCCUGCAGCCCACUAAGGCUGCCCUGCACAAAGUUAUACAAACUUAUGAAACUAAGAACUCCCGCCACUCCAGCAUCCUGCUAGGGGAUACGAAUACUGCCAAAUCUAUAUCCUGGAAGAUGUUAGCCGCCACACUUAGUCGCCUGGCUCGUGAGAAGGUUCCCGGAUUUGAGAACGUUCAGACUUACCCCAUGAAUCCCAAAGCGUUGACCUUGGGAGAACUUUAUGGGGAAUAUAAUUUGGCCACGGGAGAGUGGAAGGAUGGAGUUUUGUCCUCAAUAAUGAGAAACACUUGUCAAGACGAAUCUCCCGAUCAGAAGUGGAUCAUUUUCGACGGCCCCGUGGACGCGGUGUGGAUAGAGAACCUCAACUCUGUGAUGGACGACAACAAGUUGCUCACUUUAGUGAAUAGCGAAAGGAUAUCAAUGCCUUCACAGGUAUCAUUGCUAAUAGAAACCCUGGACUUGGCGGUGGCUUCUCCCGCCACCGUGUCUCGGAAUGGUAUAGUGUACAACGACUAUAAGGACUGGGGCUGGUGGCCGUACGUCAACUCCUGGCUGGAGUCCAUCAUUGAUUUGGAAUAUAGAGAAAGCUUACGACGUCAUUUCCUAAACAUCCUGACACCAGUUCUGGAACUCAAACGCGUGCACCUGGUGGAAGGUCAGAGUGUGAGGGGUCAGGAGCUGACGGGUGUGAGGUCCAUGUGCCGCUUGCUGGGCCUGUUGCCCGCUCCUCUGCCUCCUUUGCCAGACCAGGAGGACAACGAGGGUUUCUCCAAGAUGAGGUUCCUUUUCGCAUUGAUCUGGUCCGUUUGCGCCACUCUAGAGGAAGAGUCCCGGCGCAAGUUCGACAACUGGGUGAGGGAGCAUGAAGGGAUUUUCCCUCUCAAGGACACGGUGUACGAUUACUAUGUGGACGAGCGACUCAGACAGUUCAAGCCUUGGGAGGACAAGCUGCCGGACAAUUGGAGAUAUAAUCCCAACUUGGGUUUCCACACUAUCCUGGUACCGACGGUGGAGUUUAUCCGCGUACAAGUGGUCGCUCUGGAGGUGUUGCGCGCGGGUCACGGCAUACUGGUCGGCGGCUCCACGGGCACUGGGAAGACUUUCCUUCUCCAGGGAACCUUGGCCAGUCUCGACCCAGAGAGGUACAGCACUCAAGUGAUAAACAUGUCAGCGCAAACGACCGCUGCCAACGUUCAAGACACCAUCGAGGCGAGACUCGAGAAGAGAACUAAAGGAAAUUAUGUGCCCGCGGGAGGCAAAAGAAUGAUAGCUUUCAUGGACGACAUAAACAUGCCUGUGCGUGAUGAGUACGGGUCGCAGCCGCCGCUCGAGCUGAUGCGCCUCUGGUACGACUACGGGUACUGGUUCGAUCGACUGAAGCAGUGGCGGAAGAACGUUAAGGACAUGGUGCUGUGCGGAGCGGCAGGUCCGCCGGGUGGCGCGCGCUCUCCGCUGCCGCAGCGUCUGCUGUCGUGCUUCCACGCCUUCUUCCUGCCGCCGCCCGCGCAGCAGCAGCUCGUCAAGAUCUUCGGCACCAUGCUGUCGCAGCACCUGCAGGAGUUUGAUGAGGAGACCAAAACUGUCGGUAAAAUAGUUCUAAUUGCAACCAUUGACAUGUUCAACAACAUAGUGGCGAAGCUGCUGCCGACGCCUAGCAAGAUGCACUACCUGUUCAACUUGAGGGACAUUUCCAAAAUCUUUCAGGGUCUGCUGCGGAGUAACAAAGACUAUCAGAACACUAAGCCAAGAUUCCUCCGCCUGUGGGUACAUGAAUGCUUCAGAGUUUUUAGCGACCGUCUUACUGAAGAAAAGGAUCGCGACUGGUUCAUGAACCACAUAUCAGAUAUGCUAGGCAAGCACUUCGAGCUCACCUUCCACGCGCUGUGUCCGUCCAAGAGUCCGCCACUGUUUGGACACUUCCUCAAUCCUUUCGAAGUGUACGACGAUUUGAAUGAUCCCGCUGCUCUCAGAAAGUACAUAAGCAAUCAGAUGGAGGAGUACAACAGCUGCCCGGGCGUGGUGAAGAUGGACCUGGUGCUGUUCAAGGACGCCAUCGAGCACAUCUGCCGCAUCGUGCGCGUCAUCUCGCAGCCGCGCGGCAACGUGCUGUGCGUCGGCAUAGGCGGCUCCGGGAGGCAGAGCUUGACGCGCGUGGCUUCAUACAUCUGCGAGUGUAACUCGUACCAGGUCGUCGUUACCAAGACAUACGGCAUCAAGGACUUUAGGGAAGAUCUCAAGACUUUGUACACAAGCUGUGGCGUGGACUCGAAGAAAACCACGUUCAUCUUCUGCGACACGCAAAUAGUGGAGGAGACGUUCACGGAGGUCGUCAACAACUUGCUCAGCAGUGGGGAGAUCACCAACUUGUACAAGCCUGACGAGUUCGAGGAUAUCAAGUCAGCUCUGGAGAAGCCGAUGAAGGCCGCAAACUUGAUGCAGACCAGCGAGGCGGUGUAUCUGUUCCUGGUGGAGCGCGUGCGGGCCAACUUGCGCAUCGUGCUGUGCUUCAGCCCCAUCGGAGACGAGUUCAGGAACCGUAUCCGCCAGUACCCGGCGCUGAUCAACGCCACCACCACCAACUGGUUCCUGGAGUGGCCGCGCGAGGCUCUUCUUGAAGUGGCCUACAAGUUCCUUGAAGGAGUUGAACUUCUGGCGUCUAUCACUGGGCCGAGAGUCCGCAGAAAAGAGUCCUUAGUGGAGAGUAGGGAGGACACAUUGCGCGCGUCGGUGGCGUCCAUAAUGUCGCUCAUCCACUCGUCCGUGGGCCGCUACUCGGUGCGCAUGUGGCGGGAGAUGCGCCGGACCAACUACGUCACUCCCACCAACUAUCUGGAACUCGUCUCGGGAUACAAGGAAAUGUUAAAAGCGAAAAGGAUUGAAAUAGCGCUUCAAGCUAACAAGUUGAGGAACGGCUUGGGCAAGGUGGAGGAGACCACCAAGCUUGUGGGGCAGAUGUCAGAGGAGCUCGCUGUAGCGAAGGUCCAAGUAGCAGAGUACACAGAGCAGUGUAUCGAGUACAUGGGCGUGAUCAACGUGCAGCAGCGCAACGCUGACGAGCAGCAGCGCAGCGUCGCCGCCAGAAGCAAGAAGACGCAAGAAGAAGAGGUGCAGUGCAAGAAGCUGGCUGAGGCCGCCAUGCGGGAUCUUGCAAGUGCCAUGCCUGCUUUAGAUGAGGCUGUGAAAGCGUUGGACGCUCUGAACAAGAAGGACAUCACAGAGGUGAAGUCGUACGCCAAGCCGCCGCAAAAAGUAGAAAUGGUAUUGGAGGCAGUGCUUAUAUUGCUGCAGAAAGAGCCGACCUGGGCAGAGGCGAAAAGGCAACUCGGUGAUCAGUAUUUCCUCGACCGAUUGCGAGAUUUCGACAAGGACAAUAUAUCGGACAAAACGCUAAAGAAGAUCGGCACUUAUACGUGCAAGCCGGACUUCGACCCGGAAAUUGUUGGCACUGUUUCUCUCGCCGCUAAGUCGCUAUGCUUGUGGGUUAGAGCUAUAGAAAAAUAUGGAAAAGUUUACAAAAUAGUAAAACCCAAAAAGGAGCGUCUCGAAGAGGCAUUAGAAUCCUUACGAAUGAAGCAACAGAUUUUGGCGGAAGCUCGAGCGAAGCUCAGAGAGUUGAGCGAAAUGAUCGCUCGCUUGCAGAAGGAGUACGACGAGAAAGUCGCUCAGAAGGACGAGCUUGAGCGAAAGUCUAGGAUGCUGCAACUGAAAUUGGAAAGAGCUGAGGCGUUGAUUACUGGACUGUCUGGUGAGCGUGAGCGCUGGGAGUUGACAGUAGAGAGACUGGACAAGGAGUUUGACAACCUGCCGGGAGACUGCCUCAUCGCUACCGGCUUCGUCGCCUACCUCGGGCCCUUCGUGUCGGAGUACCGGGAAGCGCUCAUGUUUGAUUGGUUCAAUGAGGUCUGUAAUGAAGCUUUACCGGUAACGAUGGAACUCAGUAUGAAGGUGUUUUUACUCGACGACGCAACUUUGAGAGAUUGGAACUAUAUGGGUUUACCUGAUGAUAACUUUAGUGCAGAAAAUGGCAUAAUAGUAGUACGCGCGACCCGCUGGCCCCUCGCCGUGGACCCGCAGGGACAGGCGCUCAUUUGGAUCUCGCGGCUCGAGGAGCACAACGACAUACAGAUCGUCGACUUUGGCCAGCCCAACUACCUUAAGAUCAUGGAGACCUGCUUAUCAUCAGGCCAGCCCAUAAUCGUACAGAACGUUGGCGAAGUCCUGGACCCUUCCAUCGCUCCUAUCCUAGACAAGGCGAUUGUGAAGAUUGGAAAAGACUUGGUCAUUAAAUUCAAUGAGAAGAUGGUGCCUUACAAUACGCAGUUCAAGAUGUAUCUUACUACUAAACUAGGAAACCCGGUCUACACCCCGGAGGUGCUAACGAAGACGACGAUGGUGAACUUCGCGGUGAAGGAGCAGGGGCUGACGUCACAACUGCUGAGCAUCGUGGUGCGCAAGGAGCGCCCGCAGCUCGAGACCAUGAAGGACAACCUCGUCAUGACCAUUGCCAAGAAUAAGAAGACCCUGGUGGAUCUUGAAAACGAUCUUUUGCGCAUAAUGUACGAGUCUCAAGUGCCGCUGCUUGAGAACGAGGAACUGUUCAUAACGCUGCAGACCUCGCAGCGCACUUCGCUCGAAGUGAAGGAGGCGCUGAUCACGUCGCAGGUCACGGAGAAAGAGAUCGACACAGCUAGACAGGGCUACGUCCCAGUGGCAGUGCGUGCAUCUGUGUUGUUCUUCGCGCUGAACGACCUCUCACGCAUCGACCCCAUGUACCAGUUCUCGCUGGACGCCUACAUCGACCUGUUCACGUACUCCAUCGACCGCAGCCCCAAGAGCGCCGAGCUCGACGACAGGAUCAGCAACCUGAACGAGUUCCACACUUUCGCUGUCUACAAGAACACGUGUCGCGCGUUGUUCGAGCGGCACAAACUGCUGCUGUCGUUCCACAUGGUGUCGCGCAUCCUGUUCCAGGCGGGCAAGAUGAGCUCGCACGAGUACUUGUUCCUGCUCAAGGGCGGCGUCGUGCUCGACCGCUCCGAGCAACCCGACAAUCCCACCAAUUGGUUACCAGAAGACUGUUGGGAUAACAUCACUGAAUUGGACAAGCUGCCCGGCUUCCACGGCAUCACGGAUGCCUUCGAGACUUUCUCAAAGGAGUGGAAGGAGUGGUACCUGCACCCUGAGCCAGAGUCGCAACCGCUUAUUGGCGAAUGGAACGACAUCUGCAGCGAAUUCCAACGCAUCCUGUUCGUGCGCUCGCUGCGCGUCGACCGCGUGUCGGCGUGCGUCACCACGUACAUCGUCAACGUGCUCGGGCCGCGCUACGUCGAGCCCCCCGUGCUCGAUAUCAGAGCAGCCUGGGAGGAAUCCUCGUGGAAGACAUCGCUCCUGUUUGUGCUGUCGCCUGGCGUGGACCCCACCUCGGCGCUGAUCCAGCUCGCCGUGGACGUGAAGAUGUUCGACAAGUUCCAAUCGCUCAGUUUGGGCCAGGGACAGGCGCCUGCUGCCGCCAAGAUGUUAGCGCACGGCAUGCGCGAAGGCGGCUGGGUGUUUCUGGCAAACUGUCACCUGGCAUGCACGUGGCUGGGCGCGAUCCGCGGGCUGGACAACCCGCGCAUCCACCCGCGCUUCCGUCUGUGGCUGUCCUCCAUGCCUGACGACAAGUUCCCGCUCGGCGUGCUGCAGCGCUCCAUCAAGAUGACCACUGAACCGCCGCAGGGUCUAAAAGGCAACAUGGUCCGUCUGUUCGCGAACAUAAACGAGGACAAGUUCGACGAGGCGUCGCCCAAGUACCGGCGCCUGCUGUUCUGCGUGUCGUUCUUCCACUGCUCGCUGAUCGCGCGCAAGCGGUUCCGACAUCUUGGAUACAACGCUGUGUACAGCUUUAACGAUUCUGACUUUGAGGUAUCAGACAACCUGCUCGCCAACUACCUCGAGGAAUACGACGAGGUGCCGUGGGACGCGCUGCGCUACCUGUUCGCGAUCAUCAACUACGGCGGCCACAUCACCGACGACUGGGACAAGCGCGUGUUGAUCGCUUACAUCAACCAGUUCUUCUGUGAGGAGGCUCACGACACGCCGUUUUACAGACUGUCGAGUAUCCCAGCGUACCACAUCCCGCGGGACGGCAGCCUGGAGUCGUACCGCGACUUCCUGGACCUGCUGCCGGCGUACGAGCGCGCCGAGUCCGUGGGACAGCACGCCUCUGCUGACGUCGCUGCCUUGGCACAGGACGCGCGAAUAAUGUGCUCAACCCUGUUUGCGCUCGCUUCAACGGGCGGCGGCGGAGGCGGCGGGGGAGAAGAUCAGAAGGUGGACGAACUGGCGGCAGAGAUGUUGUCGAAGCUGCCGGCGCGCAUCGACGCGGAGACGACGGAGCGCAUGAUGGGCCCCGAGGUGGUGAUGCCCAUGUGCGUGUCGCUGCUGCAGGAGAUCGGCUACUACAACGCCCUCAUAUCCGCCAUCGUCGCUGGGCUCAAGGAACUCCGUCGUGCCAUAGAAGGCUUGGUGGUGAUGUCGGAAAUGCUGGAGAUCAUGUACAACUGCAUAUUUGAGGGGAGAGUGCCGUCGUUUUGGCAAAAAGCUCGUCCUUCAAUGAAGCCGCUAGGCGCAUGGUGUCGCGAAUUGUACUUGCGCGGGGCACAUUUGACUGCAUGGGCCAACGCGCCCCGGUCCCCUCCCACCCUGUGCUGGCUGCCAGCGCUGGUCGCGCCCACUGGCUUCCUGACCGCCGUGAUGCAGACGACAGCGCGCGGUGAAUGCUGGCCCAUAGACACGCUGUGCUGGGAGUUCACUGUGCUGCCGCUGGAGGAGAGCGCCUUCGUGCGCCCGCCCCGGGACGGCGGCGUGUACAUCAGGGGCCUGUUCCUGGAGGGCGCGAGCUGGACGCGCAAGGAGGGGCACCUGCAGGAGCCGCUGCCCAUGCAGCUGCUGUUCCCCGUCACUCCUGUGCACUUCAAGCCCGUCAGGGCUACCGGACGGAAACUCAAAAAUCGCUACGUGUGUCCAUGCUAUUACUAUCCGCUGCGUAAAGGAGCCUUCGUGGUGGCCAUAGACCUGCCCGCCGGGAAGCAAACCUCGGACUUCUGGGUGAAGCGCGGCACCGCCAUGCUCUGCACGCUGGCCACUUAACCCGCUCCCACCUAACAGUAUGGAAUACAAUCGUUUUUCUUUACUACCUAACAGCUUGUAUUUACGAAGUCAAACUGAUACUUUGUCAUUCUCUCUUUUGGUGUUGAUCUUAGCAUUAAUUUAAUUCCAAUAAAUAUUAAUUUU